AUGCGCCAGUCUCUUCAGCCAAAGAGGGUAUCACUUACCAUCCUCGUCCUUGCAUUGAUUGGUUUCUUCGCGGCACCAGUGACAUCCAACUUAGCCCACGGUAGAGUCACAGAGCUCAAUGGUGUACCAUACUAUGUCGGUGAUGUCGCCGUAGCUCGAAUGCUCGAUAUACCGAACGCCGUCUCCGCAAUGGUAGAUCAAGAUGACACGGACCUGUUUCCGUUAACAAUUAUCUCGACCAAGGCAUCUGUUUUUAAUGGUAUCGAGCUGAACGAAACAAUCUCCAGUUUCAUGCGUGAAGAUGAUGUUUUUAGUGCUGCAUUUCUCAAGGUGACUUAUAUCUCCUACGAGGGGCACAGCAAGAAGCCGUCAGUUGAAACGCAAUCGAUUGAUCUUGGAUUAGAGGAGUACAGUGCAAGAGCUAUAUAUGCGCCAAAGUACUCUCACUCCCAUAGAGAUGUACCGACUGCGCGUCUAACCAAGAACAUUCCAAACGGCCCCUACUUCGUAUCCACGAAGACAGGCAAAAUUUUCAAGGCCUAUCGCCUAUAUGAAGAUACGAAUUUGGCAUUCCUGGAGCCAGCCAUCAGCGAUGAACAGGGUGGCGUUUUGCGCCUCAUGGCUACAUCUGAGAGCGUACUUGGACGCAGUGUCGCUGUACCAUCGAGGCUGUACUUUACCCCGACUGCGGAGAAACCGUUGGCUGGCCUACGCCUCGGCGUAAAGGAUAUCUAUCACAUCAAAGGUCUUGCUACGAGUGGUGGAAAUCGAGCAUACUACUCACUCUAUGGCACACAAAAUACAACUGGCACUGCUGUUCAACGCCUCAUCGACCUAGGCGCAGUCUUUGUCGGAAAGAUGGGAACGGUUCAAUUUGCUAACGGCGACGAACCGACUGCCGACUGGGUUGACUUUCACUGUCCCUUCAAUCCUCGGGGAGAUGGCUAUCUUGACCCAAGUGGCUCAUCAACCGGCCCCGCCGCCGGCAUGGCUUCCUACGCAUGGCUAGAUAUCGCCAUCGGAAGUGAUACAGGCGGCUCGAUGCGCUUGCCAGCUGGUGCUAAUGGUCUCUUUGGAAAUCGACCGACUGUUGGAGCUAUUGAUCUAGACCAUGUUAUCCCUCUCUGCUCAGGACUCGAUACUGCAGGUGUAUUCGCUCGCAGUGCAGAGCUAUGGUCUCGAGUUGUUCAUUCGUGGUAUAAGGAUUUUGACGCUUACGACUCCUAUCCCAAGACUCUUUGGUACCCAGAGGCAUCAUUUACUGCCGAGGCAAUCAACAAUAGUCAUGCGUCGGCGAUUAUUGAAAGGUUCGUAGCCAAUGUCGAAGAUUUCUUGGGGACCACCCGUACCAAUGUGAACUUGGAUGCUUCUUGGAACGCAACCCGACCUUCCAAUGCCACUUCAACCUUGAACGAUAUGCUUCACUUUACGUAUGGAACCCUCAUUACCGUCUACCAAUGGUUGAACCUCGGCGCCCCCUUCUUCAAAGACUACUCCGAAGCGCAUGAUGGUCGAACCCCAUACAUCAAUCCGAAUCCGCUGUUGCGUUGGCACUUGGGCCAAGACGCCGGUCAGGCUGGGUUUGACGUGGCCUGGCACAAUAAAACUUUGUUCCAUGAUUGGUGGAAUACGGCUGAUGGAUUUGGGGCAUUGGAUAAUGAAACUUGCUCGAAAGCAAUUUAUAUCUAUCCGCAAACCUAUGGAUCGAUCAGAUACAGAGAUGAAUAUUCGAGUGGUCCAACGGCACCGUUCUGGGGAAUGAGCGAUGGCAACAUUGCCGUAUAUGCAGGUGUUCCAGAUCUGGUUGUUCCAAUCGGCGAAGUCCCUUACAACAGUACCAAAAGCGGAAAAGUCGAGUAUACGCCUGUCACGAUGAGUUUGAUUGCGGCUCGUGGUUGCGAUCUCAUGCUCGCUAGCUUGGUUAAGGAAAUGGAGGCUCGUGGGAUUCUGAAGCCUGUUUCAACUGGCCCCAGACUUUACCCUUUGAACUAG